GUUUACAUAGAGGCAACCGAGUGGGGCGUAGGGUGAUGCAAUCACUUAACCCUUUUUGAGUUUGUUUCCUCAGUCUUUUUCAUUUUUCUAUUCAAAACCAUUACCUAGCCAUGUCAGCUGCCUUCUCUACCUUAUUACAAUUUCCACACAUUUCAGUACUAUUGUACAAAGAUUUGCCCAUACCCCCCAAUCAUUUAAUUUCCUACUCUUUCUCUCGCUCUGCAACCCUUCUUUGUUUUUUUAUUUAUUUAAUUUUUUGGUGUUCCAUUGUUGCUGAGAAAUUUUGGACGUAUAAGAGUCCUCAGAGAAAGAGAGAGAGAAUAUUGUGGAAUUUGAAAACCAAGAUAAGAUAUAUUUCAGGAGAUGUGAAAUUUGCAAGCAAAGAUGACAUCUUUCAGUGGGUUAAGCAUUGGUUUAAGUUUGGUUUUUGGUUGUCUUUUACUGGCUCUUGUUGCAGAGCUUUACUAUUUGCUUUGGUGGAAGAAGAGAAUUACCAGCUCACAAGUUGAGUAUGAUUACAACAACUACGCAAAGGAGCUCGUUCAACUCUUCUGCUGGAAAAAAUCUGCUUCUUUGCAUGCAUCCACCGCUACCAACAACAACAAUAAUCAAGGUUUAGUUAAAAACAAAGAUAGCAAUGGUGUUGAACCAGACUUGGAAGUUGGCUCAAGCAGAAAUUUGCUGGUGAAGGGUUUUGGAGAAGAGGGUGUAGAAUCAGAGCUCAUGAGACUACACAAUCUGGCAGGUCCACCCAGAUUUCUCUUCACAAUCAAGGAGGAAACAAAGGAAGAUUUGGAGUCUGAAGAUGGCAGGUCUAGAGGUGAGAAGAGCAGAAAAGGAUCCAGAACAGGGAGCUUGAGUGAUCUUAUGUUAACUGUUGACACUCCUCUUAGUCCUUUGGCUUCUCCACCAUUGAAGUCUCCUCCUUUGAACCCCUUUGAUUCUUAUCACCGCAAUGGAUUCAAUCCCCUCCUUGAAUCAUCCACAGAUGCAGAGUCAAACAAGCUUAGAUCUUCACCUCCUCCAAAAUUCAAGUUCUUAAGGGAUGCAGAAGAAAAACUUUUAAACAGAUUGAUGCUAGAAGCUGAGAAAAGGGUACAAAGAAAUGGUGGUUCCAUUCAAAACUGUGGUGUUAAAGCUGCCAACAACACACCAAUUUUAACAGAAGACAUACAAGGGUCUUUCCUUAAAUUCAUUGUUGGAAAGAAUGGAACACCUCUGCAAUAUUUACCACAGUGCCCUUAAAUUCAUUGUUGGAAGGAAUGGAACACCUCUCCAAUAUUUACCACAGUGCCCUUCAAGUUCCUCUCAGAUAUUGCCGUUGGAUUCCUGCUAGAUGAGUUUCUUUCACUUUUUUUUGUUCUUUUAAUUUAUUCUUUUCAUCUACCACUCAGUACUAUAGUCAUAGUUGGUUACUUGUAUAAAAAUGUGUAUUAAUUUUAAA